AAUCGUUAGGAUUUCUUCCCCCCCCCCACCUUUUUUAAUCAGCUGGGAGACCUUUAACGCACAGGUGGGAGAAGCCCGGGCCAUAGGACGGCCCCCUCUUUCAGUUCCUCGGCGGAGGAGGUGUGCGGCUGACAUUUGUUGUUGCCGUUUGGGACAGGAGACAAAACGUUUCUGCAAACAGGUGUGAGAGGCGCACUAACCCGCGCUCAACGCAGCUAUUCCUCUUUAUUAUUGGGGAGGGGAAAAGCGGCGCCGCGCCGUUCCUCCUUUUUCUGCCAAAAGAGGAAUCGCCUGUAACAGCGAGCUUUUUUUUUUUUUUACUUUCUGCGGUGUUAAUUGGGAUAAUUUCAAGAAAUAUCCGGCCGGGUAUUAAACGGGAGGACAGCAGAAAAGCCAUGUCAAGUAAGAGAUCAUGCUCGGAUCUGACGAGGAGAAGCCGGAGUCCAGUCGCGUCGGAGGCUGAGAUGAUGUUCAGCCAAUUUCAGGACUGGUGCCUCCGCACUUAUGGGGACUCCGGUAAAACAAAGACGGUCACCCGGCGAAAAUACAACAAGAUCCUGCAGACCCUACUGCAGGGCGACGAGGCGGACGGCGUCUACGCGGAGAACAGCCACAUCAACGCCAAAUUCAAAUUCUGGGUGAAAUCAAAAGGGUUUCAGCUCGGGGGCGUCCAAGGCGACUACAAGAAAGGGGCAUCCGGAAAACCUGUCCUUUACGUCCCCAUCAAGGCAGCGUGUGUUGAUGGGGUCUCUGCACCGGACGGCGCAGCCCUGAAACGCGUGGCUGUGGUGGAGGACUUCUUCGACAUCAUCUACGCCAUGCAUGUAGAGGUGGGCGCGGACCCCGCCAAGGCACCCAAGCACGCUGGCCAGAAGAAGACCUACAAGGCGAUCGCCGAGACGUAUGCUUUCCUGCCCAGGGAGGCGGUGACCCGUUUCCUGAUGAGCUGUGGCGAAUGCCAGAAGAGGAUGCACAUCAAUCCAAGUGGCGCCGAAUUCAAAGAGAACGACCGGCCCACAUCGCUCAUCCCCGAUCUGAUCGACUACAACAUGCCGCUUACCACGGCCUACCUGAAGCAGAUGAAGAUGGGGUGCAUGAACACCAAUGAGCAGGAUGAGAGUUCGGUGAGCAGUGAAGAUUUUGACAUGAGCGAACCCGCAUGGCUGUCGGCUGAUCAGUGCCCCACAUCCGACCUGAGUCCCGGCCACCUCGAUAGAAUGCACAGCCCGCUGAACGCGCACAAGGAGGAGGACGGCCAAACCCGGGGUGGGGGAGGAGGGGAAUUGGGACCCAUUCAGCAGUCCCACCAUCGCCGACGGGAGGGUUGCUCUCUCAGACGCGUACCACGUAUGCGGGCUCGAGCAAGCACCCAGGAAGGAGGUUCGCCACUGCCAGAUGAUUCGUCUUCAGAGAGCGGCAGUGGGAAUGGCAUGCACAGCCUGACCCCCCCGUCUGCGGGCGCGGCACCCUCGUCCGAGAACCCCAGUGCGGGCCCUUACAGCGAGGCGAACGGCACCGGCGCCGGUUGUCCCCUGGAUUUCAGCAUCACAUCCUCUUCCUCCUCCUGUGAUGACCGGCAGCCAGCGAACCUCCCCCCGGGGGCCUCGCUGGGCCCCUUCCAGCCCGACCCCCCUGACGGCCUGCGCAGGAAGUACCCCAGCAAGCCCACGCACCUGGACGGCCACGUCAGGGAUUACAGCAACAAGUCUCCGCCCUACGGCUCAAGGAGCUACGACUCUGUUAAGACGGAGCCCGGAGCAGAGGAUCUGACGGUGAGCCGGGUCCAGGCCGGAGAUGACGACGACGACGACCAUGACGACCAUGACGACAGCGACAAGAUCAACGACACCGAGGGAGUGGACCCAGAGAGACUGAAAGCCUUCAACAUGUUUGUAAGGCUGUUCGUGGAUGAGAACCUCGACCGCAUGGUGCCCAUCUCCAAGCAGCCCAAGGAGAAGAUCCAGGCCAUCAUCGAGUCAUGCAGCCGGCAGUUCCCCGAAUUCCAGGAACGAGCCCGCAAGCGUAUACGCACCUACCUCAAGUCCUGCAGACGGAUGAAGAAGAACGGCAUGGAGACGCGGCCGACGCCCCCGCACCUCACGUCCGCCAUGGCCGAGAACAUCCUGGCGGCUGCCUGCGAGAGUGAGACACGCAAGGCAGCCAAGAGGCUGCGUCUGGACACCUACCAGGCCGCGGAAGAACAGAUUGCACUAGACAAGCCGGGCUCACGGGAACUGGCCCCCCUGACGCACCCGGCGUACUCCCUGGCCGCCUCAACCUACCCCCAGGACCAACUCUACAUCAACGGCGGGCUCAGCUACAGUUACCGUGGUUACGGGGGCCUGGGCGCCAGUAUGCAACACCCCGUCUCCCUGACAACCGGUGCAGCGCAGAGCAACGGGCCGACUGACCUCAGCAUGAAGUCUCUGGCUUCUAACUCUUCAUCCUCCAGCUCCAACAGCCAUGGGCGGGGUGGGGGGGUCAGUGUGAGCCACUCAUCGCAGCUGAGCCCCACCGAGAUCACGGCAGUGCGGCAGCUCAUCGCCGGUUACCGCGAGUCAGCCGCAUUCCUGCUGCGCUCAGCCGACGAGCUGGAGAGCCUGAUCCUGCAGCAGAACUGAGCCCCCCUCCCCUCCCCUCCUUCUGUACACCCUCACGUCCCACCACUUCCUCACCAUCCUCUGCUCCUCCUCCUUCGGCGACAAUUUCGGGGCAGAAAACUGCAUCGCUCCACCAUCACUGUAAAAAAAAAAAAAGGGGG